GACCAUGGAGUGCCUGACUAUGCCACUUCACUUCUCGCCUUCCGCAAGAAAGUGAAGAAACAUCACAAGGGAGGAAUGGGACCAAUGAUUGUUCAUUGCAGGUACAAGAAUUUGCAUGGUGUAAGCUUAAACGAUUCCGUUGCCUAUUCAAACAGUGCUGGUGUGGGGAGGACAGGGACUCUGAUAACUAUUGACUGUGUUCUUGAGCAGCUGCAAGGGGAGAAGGUGGUGGAUAUAGCUGGUGUCAUCAUCCACCUCCGCACACAGAGAAUGAAAAUGGUUCAGAGCCUGGACCAGUAUGUGUUUAUCCAUGAUGCCAUUCUGGAAGUUAUUACGUGUGGAGAUACACAGAUUGAUGCUGGAGAUUAUAUCCAGAAACUAAGGAAGUACAAAAGUUCACCAAAUGCUCACCCAAAUGAAUUUGAUAACCAGUUUAAUGUUCUUGAGAAAUUAUCCCCUACACCAAUGGAAGUAUCACAGAAAGUGGGUCUUAAUAAUCCUUCCAAGAAUCGCAAUGAUCGAUACCUUCCUGGUGAUCAGUGGCGUGUUGUAUUGAGGGGAGAUAAAGUGGAUUACAUUCAUGCUGUUUUUGUUAAUGGUUACAAGCAACAGAGAGCAUUCAUCAUAGCUCAGAGUCCCAUGGAGUCCACAGCCAGAGAUUUCUGGAAGAUGGUCCAUGACAGGAAGUGUGGAGUCAUUGUUAUGCUCUGUGACUUGGUAGAAGAUGGAGAGGAGAUGUGUUAUCAAUACUGGUCUAAGACAGGAGUAGCUCAGUUUGGAGAGUAUACAGUUGAUCUGCUAGAGGAAAAGGCAGUUAAGGGAUUCCUCCUCCGUAAAAUCGCUGUUUACAACAUUAAGACUGCUGAUGCUCAUCAGGUUGUCCAACUACACAUGGUAAACUGGAGUCCUGAUGGAAGCUGCUCAAACCUCACCACAAUCACUAGUGUCAUACGUGAGAUGACGGAUAUUCAAAUGAAGACUGGGAAUCAACCAAUUGUAGUUCAUUGCAGUGACACAGUGGGUAGGUCUGGGAUGUUCUGUGCCAUAGUCACCACCAUUGAGAGGUGUAAGACAGAGGGAGUGGUGGAUGUGUUCCAGGUGGUCAAGGCUCUCAGGGUACAGAAACCUGGAGCUGUCCUCACUGUGGCUCAGUACCGCCUGUUGUUUGAGGCAGUGUUGGUGUAUCUGGAAUCAUUUGAUACAUACAGCAAUUUUGUACGUAAAUAGAUGGCUUUUAGGAACAAACUCUGUAGCAAACUGUUCAUUUAUUCACAACUGCUUUUGCUGCAUUUCACUGCUGAUUUUUAAUUAUAAUGGCCAGUUAAUGCAGUUAUCAUUUAGUGAUACAUACGACCCAACAGAAUUGCAAC